AGCGUCACGACGGUGUUAGACGAUUCUCGUGUCCGGAGUGCUCGAAAAUGUUCGUCACUGCGACAGAAAUGAAGGUUCACAAAGGCAUUCACAACGCGAGGAGUCACAAAUGUACCGUUUGUGCUGCUUCUUUCACCACGAGAUCGUACCUUAUCAAACAUCGUCGCAUUCACUCCGGAGAGAGGCCUUUCUCGUGCUGGGAGUGCUCUGCCGCCUUCAAAAACAGAUCUACGCUCACAGUCCAUUCGCGUACUCAUACUGGAGAGAAACCGUAUGCUUGCGAGGAAUGCGGCACGAAAUUCUCGCAAAAAGGCACUCUCAAUGCUCAUGUGAGGCGCCACACCGGCGAGAAACCGUUUUUUUGCGACUAUUGCCAAAAGGGAUUCAGACAGAGAAGUUCGCUCCUUCAGCACACCAGAUCACACACCGUUGAAAAACCGUACGCGUGCGAGGAAUGCGAUAUGAGUUUCGCCAGCAGAAGAGCUCUGGUCGCUCAUGCGAAAAAACACUCUGACGCAGAAUCUCAGAAUUGUGGGGGAGUCAGAGACGAGAUCUCUGAGACGAGGAUUCUCAGUAAUAAUGAAAGAAAGCGCACCAGCACGAAACCCAGGAGUGGAGGCGAGGAGUGCGGCAGAACAGUUUUGAAGUCCAGUAUUCCACGGGUUCACACGAGAACUUACACGAGCAAAAAACCCCACGCUUGCGAGGAAUGCGGAAAAAGAUUUAUACAAAAGACCGCUCUGACUACUCACAUAAGGGUGCACACAGGUGAGAAACCCUACGCUUGCGACGAGUGUGGAAAGAAAUUUUCACAGAAGAGCGCUCUGACUACUCACAUCAGGGUGCACACAGGUGAGAAACCCUACGCUUGUGACGAGUGCGGGAGAAGAUUCUCGCACUUGAGCUCAAUCAAAAAUCAUGCGAAGAGGCACAACGACGCAUGAACCGAGAAAAAGACCCAUGAGGCGCACGCUAGCUGAACCGAUUAGAUAAUGUGGCUAUAAGAGCUUUCGAAAAUUAAUUGAGGAGUACGCUGCCUUUUCCACACAUCAGAGUUUUCUUUCUGUUAUAAUUCCUGUGUCAGUGACGAGUUCACAGGGUGAAUGCCGCGGGACCCGCAACGAUUCCAAAUAAAAGCGAAA